AUGAAAGUUGUGGCAGAGGAAAUAAUUAGAGAGGAAGUGGCACCCGAAGCCGAUCUGGAAGAAGCCGCUGCAAGACCAGACUCAGAACGAACCGUCUCUAAUGAAACUCUCGCUGAUGAGGAAGAGGAGUCCCUCCACUUCGCUCGGGAGAUAGAAGAGGACCUAUUUGGUGCUGAAAAGACCAGGAAUGAUAAGGGAGGAAAGGCCCUAGAGGUAGCCGCAGGUGAAAAUGGGUCAAAACGGAAAGAAGACCCCGCUCCUGAGCCUUUCGGGAAGAAGCAGAGGGUGAAGGUAGCACUCAGGAAAAAUCCAACACCCUUUCGGCGAGCGACAAGGCAGGAGAAGGGAAAGGCGAGGCCAACAACAGAGAGGGUGCCACCCAAGCCACUGAGUCCAAUUAACGAUAAACCUGCCCCCGUCAACCAGCAAGGGGCAAGUGAGCCAACUGCUGCUGGAACAGGCAAUAAAACCACACCCGUUAACCAACCGAGAGCAGAGGAGCCUACUGUUACUGGACCAGAGGAGGAGCGGGAUACUGUUAUCACUGAAGAAACCAUUGGCGGAAUCGAUGUCACAAUGGAAGCUUACAAAGAACAACUUGCCGAGGUCCCCGUUGCCACAACCGUUGAAGCUGCCAGUGUCUCCACAAGCGACAUAGACAACACCGGGACGGCAGAAGGAGAGCCGAUGCCAUACGGUCCCAAAACACCAGUAGAAACUGGAACACCUGCAGAAACUCUGACUCCAGUCUUAGAAAAAUCAGAUAAAACAAUCUUUGAUGAGGAGGAGGAUAAAGAGGAAAAGAAAUUUCGAGAGGAACAAGCUCAGCUGCUCACCGCAAUGCAACAGUUACAACAAAAGAAGGCGAGCUCCGCACUAGAAACGCGCAUAGAAGCGUUGGAGACUCAAGCUGCAAGCUUGGGUGCAUCUCAGACAGAGAUUCUGAAGGCACUCUCAGCCAUCACCCAACAUAACGCGAUCCUUAUGGAACAACAACUUGAUACCACGAAGAGUCUCCAAAGAAUGGAAGAGCUAGUGCGGCAACUGACAAAGAAUUUACCUCCGGGAUGA